UCAGUGCUGUCGACGUGCGCGUGCGCAGUCUCGUUGCGUACUUAGCGAGCACAAGGCGCCGCGCGCGCACCUGAAGUGUACUGAAAAGUGUGUGUUGUGUCUCAUUAUAGAAUACAGAUAAAAGAACAACAGUUAAAAUAAAAGCUUCAAACCAAAAUGGCGGACGUUUUAGUGAAUUCAACGCAAAGCGUAAUCAAAGAUACAUACGAUUACUACCUUUGGACGUUAUCAUUGUCAGACAACAGAACAAAAGGAUGGCCACUAGUCGACUCACCUCUACCUACAGCCUUUUACACACUAGCUUACCUAUUCAUAGUAUGGAUUGGACCUAAGCUCAUGAAAAACAGAAGACCUUUCAAGCUGACAUGGCUUCUAGUACCUUAUAAUUUAGCUAUGGCAGCCUUAAAUGCGUACAUAGCUGUGAGGCUACUAACAGCGUCGUUCAGACUUAGAUAUAGUUAUAUAUGUGAACCGUGUAGGCAGAAGUACGAUCCAGAUGAGUUACAGAUAGCAGAUGCAGUGUGGUGGUACUACUUCUCCAAGCUGCUGGAGUUUUGCGACACUUUCUUCUUCAUCUUGAGGAAGAAGGACGAGCAGCUCACAUUCCUGCACGUCUACCAUCACUCCACCAUGUUCUCCUUCUGGUGGAUCGGUAUCAAAUGGGUACCAAGUGGAUCUACUUUCCUUCCCGCCAUGGUAAAUAGUGGUAUCCACGUGCUAAUGUACACUUACUACGGCCUGUCAGUCUUCGGCCCCGCUGUCAGCAAAUACCUCUGGUGGAAGAAAUACCUCACCAUCAUGCAACUGAUCCAGUUCACAUGCGCUUUGAUCCUCGGAGUGAACGGCAUCAGGACCGGCUGCGAGUUCCCCUUGUGGAUGCAUUACGUCCUCAUCUUCUACAUGAUCUCCUUCAUUAUACUCUUCGGCAAUUUCUACAUGAAGGCGUAUAUUGCUAAGGGCAGCAAAUGUAUGGAGGUGCGGUACGGACAAUGCUUAGACGACGAAAACACAAUGGCGAAGAGGAAGUUAAAGGACAAUUAAUAAAUACUCUAAUACUUAAUUUAUUGUAAGCAUAAGGUAUAUAGGUGCUCUCUAAAAUAGGCUUUGUACACAUGCAUAAUAAAUUGUAAGAUUA